UUACUGUUAAAAAGCGAUCCAGCAGGGAGAGCGAGCGCUGCGGGGCUGAGCCGUCAGGGGAGCAGAGUUUUCCCACUGCAGGAGACGCGCUGUCCCGGUGUCGGAAAUUACCACCCAGGCAUUGUGGGAUUUACAUUUGCGACCAAGCCAGCGGCUGCAGCUCCAACGUGUCCCUCUGCCUUUCUGUGAGAGGAGCGAGCCAGACGCCACAUUCACAGGAGCAGCCGGCUGCAGCCUAUCCGAAGAUGUCUGAUAAUGGGGAGGUUGAGGACAAGCCCCCAGCUCCGCCCAUGAGGAACACCAGCACCAUGAUUGGCUCCUGCAACAAGGACCCCGCCCCCCUCAACCACGGCUCCAAGCCCCUCCCUCCAAACCCGGAGGAUAAGAAGAAGAAAGACCGCUCGAUUCGGUUCAUCCUGACAGGAGGAGGCGAUAAAACCUAUAAGAGGAAGGAGCGCCCAGAGAUUUCUCUGCCAUCAGACUUCGAACACACCAUCCAUGUCGGCUUUGACGCUGUUACCGGGGAGUUCACUGGAAUGCCGGAGCAGUGGGCUCGGCUUCUGCAGACCUCCAACAUCACCAAGCUGGAGCAGAAGAAGAAUCCUCAGGCCGUCCUCGAUGUGUUAAAGUUCUACGACUCUAAAGAAACAACCAACAGCCAGAAAUACAUGAGCUUCACUGAUAAAACUGCCGACGCCUUCAGCUCCUCCACCGCCACGAGCUCUAAGGCCGUGUCAGAGACGCCCGCCAUAGCAACCGUAUCCGAGGACGAGGAUGAAGAUGAGGCCGAGCCCCCGCCGGUGAUCGCCCCCCGACCGGAACAUACCAAAUCAAUUUACACUCGCUCAGUGAUCGAGCCCCUCCCUCCACCUCCCACAAAAGAUGCUGCGACCUCGCCCAUCUCUCUGCCGACCACCGCCGCGGCCGCCGCCGUCACCCCCGCUCAACCUGCGGAAGCUGCUCCCAGUAGUCCUCCCAGUGCUAGCCCCGCCCCUGGCCCUUCUGUGCCCCACCCACAGGAUAAAACGAGGAAGAAGAAGAUGUCAGACGAGGAGAUCCUGGAGAAGCUACGGACGAUCGUCAGCGUGGGCGACCCCAAGAAGAAAUACACUCGAUUUGAGAAGAUCGGACAGGGGGCGUCUGGGACCGUGUACACAGCCAUAGACAUCGCCACAGGACAGGAGGUCGCCAUUAAACAGAUGAACCUGCAGCAGCAGCCGAAAAAGGAACUGAUCAUCAAUGAGAUUCUGGUGAUGAGGGAAAACAAGAACCCAAACAUAGUCAACUACCUGGACAGUUACCUGGUGGGCGAUGAGCUCUGGGUGGUGAUGGAGUACCUGGCCGGAGGUUCGCUGACUGAUGUCGUCACAGAAACCUGCAUGGAUGAGGCGCAGAUAGCUGCUGUGUGCAGAGAGUGUCUCCAGGCGUUGGAGUUCCUCCACUCGAACCAGGUCAUCCAUCGAGACAUCAAGAGCGACAACAUCCUGCUGGGCAUGGACGGCUCCGUCAAACUCACUGACUUUGGAUUCUGCGCUCAGAUCACUCCUGAGCAGAGCAAACGCAGCACCAUGGUCGGCACGCCGUACUGGAUGGCCCCGGAGGUCGUGACCCGCAAAGCCUACGGUCCCAAAGUGGACAUCUGGUCCCUGGGCAUAAUGGCGAUAGAGAUGGUGGAGGGAGAGCCACCGUACCUGAAUGAGAAUCCACUCAGGGCGCUGUAUCUCAUCGCAACCAACGGGACGCCGGAGCUGCAGAACCCGGAGAAACUGUCCACGAUAUUCCGAGACUUCCUGAAUCGAUGCUUGGAGAUGGACGUGGAGAAGAGAGGCUCGGCUAAAGAGCUGCUGCAGCAUCAGUUUCUGAAGAUGGCGAAGCCGCUCUCCAGUCUGACUCCUCUCAUUCUGGCGGCGAAGGAGGCUGCCAAGAACAACCGCUAACUCGCCGUUCGCUCCUCCCGCCCCUCUCUGUCUGUCAUCCCUCCUGUGAAGGUGGUGAUGGCUGCUGGCCGGGUUACACAACCCUUCGAACGCCUUCACUCUUUUUCUCCCUGAUUGUUUUUUACUUCCUUCUUCACUCUGUGAUCUUUGACCCCCGAGUCUCACCUCCCUUACUACCCCCCACCCCACCCCACCCCACCCCACUCUCACAGGGAGGAAGAAGGGCAACUUCUUCAACACUCCACUGGACUCGGACGGGAAGGCGGGGCCUAACUGUAAUGAAGUGAUGUCAUUUCUGACAUCGUCGCCCUCUCAGCCGGCACAAACAGCCCCAGUAUGGGAGAGAGCCCAAAGACUCAUGGGAGUAUUUUUAUUUUAAUGAUGAUUGAUUUCUAACCUCUCUGUAAACACCCGGACCACAAACAGUCAACCAGCGCCCUGUGUGUGUGUGUGUGUGUGUGUGUGUGUGUGUGUGUGUGUGUGUGUGUCUGCAGGUAUGAGUUGUACCCUUUUCAUCAUGUUCUAAAAGUGCAUUUGUUGAUUUUUGUUUUAUUACUCUUCUGUGUGUGUGUGUGUGUGUGUGUGUGUGUGUGUGUGUGUGUGUCACAGCGGGGAUGUUGGGUUAUUACUUCAGGUGAUUGUAGCGUUCGAUUCUGUUGUUUCUGAGCAGACGGUUUGUGGUGCGUUGUCGUGUCUGCAGUGUGAGCUGCGAGUUAAAGGGGAUUAUUAACGAGGACGAGGAAACAGAGCCGCUGAUGGACCUCGUUUAGAUUUAAAGUCAAAGCAAAGAAUUCACAGCUGUAGGCUUCAAAAUAUGAAGCAUUCAAAGCUUCCAGGAGCGAGCCCCCUUUCAAGGUCACCUUCUGGUGCAGCUCUGGAUGUCAGAGCUGCUGCUCUUAUUAGUUAUGUCCCCUCAUACUCACGAGACAUGAUGGGUGCUGGCUCUGCUCCACAUCUGCAGGCCCACCAACAUCUGCAGGCCCACCAGCCUUCACAUGCAUGUUUUUAUCAACUCGAUCAGUAAACAGAUUUCCCAGUGUAGCCAGGAGUGCGUUCAGAGGCAGCAUCGCAGCACAAACAUGGACAACACAGCUGAUUUUGUAACUAUCAAAACAAUCACAGUGUGAGUGUGUGUGCACUGUAACCCUUUAAGACUC